CCAUUAUUGACCCCUUUAAUUUCCGUCCCAUGAGAGAUGACUACCCAGCUACUGUAUAUCCUCUCUCUCUCGCUCCCCAGAACCAGAAUCGAAUAGAAGGACGGCCUUACCUUGCCCUAAUGCCUCCUCGUCCGAUCCAUUCCUCAAACAAUAAAAUAUCCUCAGAUAGCUAGGCUCGGUCGGGACGUACGCAUGGAGGUGGAGGAGGAGCUGCCUGCUAGCGCUGAUCUUACCGGUGGCUCAAAGCAGGCGACCACCACGACGCCCUUCUACCUCGCCUUAGAUCACACAGCAUCUGCCACGUCGUCUCCACCGCCGGCGGCGCCGCUGCCGUGUGCUGCCAACAGCGAGAGGGGAUCCGAAAUAAUCAAGGCGAAGAUCAUGUCCCACCCACUCUAUCCGGCUGUCUUGAGAGCCUUCAUAGACUGCCGGAAGGUCGGAGCGCCGCCAGAGAUUGUCGGCCGGCUUUCUGCCCUCGCUGAUGACGUCGAAAUGAAUUCAGACGACAAACAAGAACAGCGACGAGCGGCAGACCCAGAGCUCGACCAGUUCAUGGAGAUCUACUGUCACAUGUUGGUGAGGUACAGACAGGAGCUCACAAGGCCAAUCCAGGAAGCCGACGAAUUCUUCAGGAGCAUGGAGGCCCAGAUCGACGCGUUCUCGUUAUUAGAUGACAACGGCUACGAAGGAUGUGGCUCCUCCGACGAAGAUGAGCAAGAAGCCGUCGACUUGGGCGGCCUGUCAGUUCUUGAGACCGGCAGCCCGUCCGGGGAGGACAACGAAUUGAAGAACCGCCUCCUGAACAAGUACAGCGGCUACCUGAGCAACCUCUGGAGGGAGCUCUCGAGGAAGAAGAAGAAAGGCAAGCUGCCGAGAGACGCGCGCCAGAAGCUCCUCCACUGGUGGCAGCUGCACUACAGAUGGCCCUAUCCCUCGGAGCUGGAGAAGGCGGCGCUGGCGGAGUCGACGGGGCUCGAAGCGAAGCAGAUCAACAAUUGGUUCAUCAACCAGCGGAAGCGCCACUGGAAGCAGGCACCGCCGACUAUGGCGCUGGCCACAGCAAAUUACAUGCUGGGUCCGCACGACGGCGGCGGUUCUAGCAGCUCGGCCUCCGCCGCCGGUCUCCGCGUGGAGGAGCAAUACUUCACCGGCGGAAGCUCGUAUCCCCGUGGCCCGUGACGACGAUGUCACGAGGUGUCGACAUGGAUUGUUGUCGUGCAUACAUAUACAUACAUACAUGAUCAUUAAAUUUGGGUAUAUAGAUGGUUCAUGGUGUGGACGUGUGGUGUUUCCUAUAUACAGAAAUUUGAUUGUCUCCUUACUUGCAUUGCUCAUAUACAUACAUGUCUAUAUAUGCAGCUAAUGCCACAAUUAUGGAAUUGUAACAUUACUAUUAUUUGUUUCACUAACACGAGAGCAGUUGUACACAUAUAUAAGCAUGCACACAUGGAUGUUCCUUCUGA